UUUAAUUAUAGCUUAGAAGUAAAUGAAUCCAAUGUUUAUAUUUAUAAUUACUAUAUUAUAGUUAUUAAUGACUAAAAAUUGAUAAAAUUUCUCCCUGACUUAAAUGAGAAAACUUUAAUAACUAUAUAAGCUAUUAUCAUAUAAUCUAAAGUAAAUCAAGUUAUUGUUAAUUACCCUCUAGAUAACAUUCUUUUAUUAAGUGAUUAUAAUAUGCAAUUUUAUUUAUUAUCAGACUUUAGUUUGAUUAAAUAAAUAGCUACUUAACCAGGAUACACAUAUAUAGGACGCGAUAGCAUAAAUAACAUAGAACUUUUUAACAGUGGAUAAUAGAUAUGGAUUUAUAGAUAUUACUAAGAUACCUAUUAAAUAAUGCAAAUUUAAAUCUAACCAAAUUAGUAUUUUAUAGAUGCUGGUCAUGGUGUUUUACUGAUAGAAGAUUCGAAUUUGAAUGUAUAUAUGAUUGAUUAUAUAGGAGAGUAAUAGUCUAAUUAAUUUAAAUUGAAAUUAGCAAUAAAUGAUGUUUCUAGAUAUCCUAUUUUGCUAUAUUACAGUGAUUAGUUAUCUAUUCUUUUUAUGCAUUAGUUUGUUAUCACAUAGGGUUUAGGAAUAAAUGAUUUUUAUAACAUCAAUAGUGAUUUGGAUAUAUAAAGACUAAAUUAAUAUUCUAUCAUUGAUUUCUAAAUUACUUAAGUAGCAAUACUAAAUCCUAAUCUUAACUUAAUAAGCAUUCUAAAUAACUAAAAUCAAAAUGUAGUAAAAACAAUUUAAUUAGAUACAGAUCUAAGCAAUUAACUUAUCAAUGAAUAUUAAAUUGUAAAUAUUGGAUUCUCUCUUUUAAUAGCUAUAUCUUUUGAUAAAUAUCAUGUCAUCGACAUUUAAAAUUUUAGUGUAAUAAAACAAGAUACAUUAUCGAAUUGUAAGAAACUUUUUGUUUCAAAUUAAUUUUAAACUAUAUUUUAUAUCGAUAGCUCAAAUUAGCUUUAUAUUUUUGAUUAAACACUAAUCUAAUUCAAAUAGAUAUUAAUUUAAGGAUAUUAAAACUAUUAAAGUAUUUAGCAUAUAAAUAGCAAAAUAGUUACUAUUUUAUUAUCUCAAGAAAUUGUUAGCUUUAUUUUGUACGAUCUAGAGAAAUAGUCUCUCAUUAAUAUUUCAAAUUAUAAAUAAGAAUAAACAGACACAGUUUAUCAAGUCUUAUUCACAGAUUUUCAGGUAAUAUAGUAGACUUAAAAUGCUAUGGUUAUUUUUUCAUUAUAGAACUAUCCUAUUUAAGAAAUUCAAACUUACUAAAUCCAAAGUGCUGCAUCUUUUAAUUUAGAAUAAAUUUUCUAUUUGAAUGGCUAUUCAGAUCCCUUUAUAUUGAUAAAUCUAUCAGAUUACUUUUCGUAUCUUUAUAAAUUAAGUAGUUCUCUACCAAUCAUAAUUGACCCUUCUGAUCUAAACAUGGUUAAAGUAUUUGCUAAAUUUAUUAAGCCAUGCAUUAAUGUAAGCACAUAAGUAGAUUCUUAUCAUCUCUAUUUUAUUUGUCCACUAAAUACAUAAAUAUAUGAUAUAGCAUCGAUGUAAUUCAUUAAUAAUAUAAAGUAUUUAGCAUCUGAAAAUAGUUAUAUGAAAAGUAUUUAAUACGUUGAUAAAAAUAUUUUUUUAAUAAUAACUAAUAAUAAAAUUGAUGUUUUCGAGAUAAAUUACACAUUUAAAUAAAAAAUUUUCACAUUAAAUUAACUAAAUAACCCUAAGGUUUAUGGUAAAAUAAUAUCAUAUUAAUAAACAGAAAUCGAUAUAACAAUUUAUGGAGUUACUUCAUAAAAUAUCUUUUAGUUUUCAGUCAAGCACAACUCAACAUAAUUUUAAUAAAGUUAAAGAUCUUAUAAGUUAGUUCAAGUUGGAGUAAAUAGUGAAUCUGACUUAUACAAAAAUUAUAUUAUCCAGUAGUCCUUGGUAUAUGGCUUUGAAAUGGUUAGGUAUUAAUAGAUUCUAACUAAUGAUUUAAAUGCUAAUUAACCUUUUACAGUAUCAGAUAACUUGAGUUAAAGGACUAACUUUAUCUUAGAAUUUUAGUCUAGCGAAAAUUAAAAGUAUUAAUUAACAAUAAUGAGCUCAAAUUUGUUUUCUUCUUAAUUUUAGAAUAUAAAAUUUUCAAAACUAUAAUUAAAUUUUGUUGUAUAAGAUAAUAAUUCUUUGGAUAUCAAUCCUAAUAAAUAAAUAAAGUAUUUUUAAAUAUCAGAAUCCCUUUUAUAAAUUAGUGGAUAAGGUAGUAAGAUUUUAAUCCAUGAUAUAUCAACUCUAGUUUUGAAUGAAAUAGAAUUAACUUAAGAAAAAAUAAAUAAUUCUUUCUAAUUUUAGAAUAUUUAGUCCAUAAUAAUAAACAAUUUUGUGGUGAAAAACAUUAAUUUUGUUGGUAAUUUUAAUUUUUUAACAUUCUCUAACUGCCCUUAAUUAACUUUAAGAAAUAUCACUAUAAUUAAUAGUAAUUUUUCCAAUUAUAUUUUUGAUAUCUAACAGGCUAAUAACCAAAUUUUAAUUUAAGACUUUACUAUAAAUAACUCAUAUUUUGGAGUUGGAAUAAUUCAUUUUGAUAGUGUAGCUAAUCUAAUUAUGUAAAAUAUUAAUAUUACUCAAGUCUACUAAUUAAAGCUUAUCAAUAAUGAUUAAAAUAACUACUUAAGCUAUGUUUUUUACUUAAGUAAUGUACUAAUAGCUAAUUUAAUACAGAUAAAUUUUAAUAACACAAAUAAUUUAGGUCUGGUUGAAUAUAGUGGAUAAUAAUAAUCUCUUAAUUAACUAUUAAUCAUGGAUACGUUUUCCACAUUUAAUAAUAUAAUAAAUUUCCCUAUUUUACGAAUUCAUUAAGCUAAUAAUAUAACUAUGAAUAAUUUCUUAAUAUAAAAAGUUGAAGCUAAUAGUAAUACAAACUUAUUAUAAAUAUCAUUAGCUUAAUCAAUAUUAAUAAAUUAGUUAGAAUUAAUUUAAUUAGAUUAUUAUUAUUUAUAACGCCUAAGAAACCUCAAUGAUGCAACUUCUUCUUAUGCAAUUUUAAUUUUAGGAGUGUCUAACACUGUUUUAACAAAUAUAGUUAUGGACAAAGUGAAUUAGAUUGGUUUAAUAAGUGUUGAUUCAUUCUAAUCAACAAUUUAGUAGAUGUAUUUAAGUAAUUUCUUAAAUAUAAACUAAUCUAACUUUAGCAACAUAAACAAUAGUAUUAUGAGUUAACCAAUUUUUAAUUUUAAUAUCUAAAAAUUAAUUUUAAAUCAAUUUAAUAUAACUAAGGCAAACAAUAUAUUUCACUUAAUUCUAGCUAACCCGUCAAAUCAAUUCCAAUAUUUAAAUUCUAAAAUAUAAUAAAUUUAACUAAUAAAUUUUUCUACCACUUUAUAUCUACAAAAUUCUGAUUAAUUAUAAUUAUAAAAUGUUAUAUUUGAUUAAAUAAGAUCACAUCUAGGCAGUCCUUCAUUAAUUAUCAGUUAAGUUUAAAAAGUUACUAUUUAAAAAAGUACAUUUUAGUAUUAAACGAAUUAUAAUUUAGAUAAUGAUAAAUAAUCAGAUUCUUAAUACGAUGGAGCACUAAAUUUUCAAAAAUGUACAUAUAUUGAAAUUCAAUAAUCUAUUUUUUAAGAUAACUAAAGCUUCAAAAAUGGAGGAGCUAUUUAUUUUUAUAAUAAUCAGUAGAUACAAAUAAAAAAUUCUUAAUUUAUUUCAAAUAAAGCUUUAACUAUGAGUGGAGGUGCUAUUUAUUUGAUAUCUUCAAACAUUGUUAUUGCCAAUAGCUUAUUUAGUGAUAAUUAAUCAAUUAUGGAGAAAGGAGGGGCAAUUUAUAUCUAAGGAUCCAAAAUCUAAUUUACAGAUAAAACAACUGUUAUUAAAAACUAAGCUUAAAUUGGAGGAGGAAUUUAUUAUGAUUAAGCAACCACUGAAAUACAAAAAGAUAUAAGUGUAAUCAUUUUAAAUAAUUUAGGACACUUUUAUGGUAAAAACUUUGGAUCUUAACCUAGAAAAAUAAAAUAAAUUAACCAUAUAAGCAAAUAAUAAUUUGAUACAAUCACAAUAUCUAAUUUUUAAAGUGGAAAUUAUACUAAAUAAGAAAUUUAUAUUUAAUUUUUUGAUGAAGAAGAUGAGCCCCUAAAUUUUUCUUAGAAGAAUAAUUUAAGUAGCCUUUCAAGUAGUAUUUAGUAAGAAAUAAAUUUAUAUCAAAUUACAUUUGAUACAUAAUAAUUAACAGACCAAAUUGCAAUUUCUAUAGGUUAAUAAGCAUAAUUUGAUUCUACGGCUAAUAUGUUCAAGCUUAAUUUUACAGCUUCUUUUAAAAACUAAACCAGCUUUGAUCUAAGUUUAGUUUCAGUCCUUACAUUUAGCAAAAUAUCAAUAUCUUUAAAACUGAACUUUAGACCUUGUGAAAUUGGUGAAAUCAAAUAUUUUAGAUCUGGAUAUACUUAAUGUGAUUAAUGCUCAGAAGGAACUUAUUCUUUAGCUGAUCCAAAUUAAUUUAACCACUAAAUUUAAUGUAAUAUUUGCCCAGAUUCAGCUUAGUACUGUUAAGGGAGAUCAAUCAUUUUAAAAGAUAAUUACUGGAGAGAAUCAGAGCUAACAGAUAAUAUAUAUGAAUGCUAAUUCAAUGGAUGCAGUUAUUAAUAAGAAAAUAUAAAUGGGUGUGUUAGAGGUUAUACUGGAGUACUUUGCUAGGUUUGUGAUAUUUAAGGAGACUUUUGGUUAGAAUCAUAUGGCUCUUAGGGUAAUUAGUGUUUGAGAUGCUCCAAAUUAUAUCUAGUUUAUAUAAUAACUUCUCUAUCUAUAUUAUUUUACAUUUUAUAUAUUCACUACAGCUUAAAUUCAUAAGCAGAAUAAAAAAUUUUAAUUAUUCAAUUAAAUUAUCUAAGAAAAUUGAAUAUGUUAUACUUAAGUAAAUCAAAGUUAUAGGGUUCUGACUCAGCAGGUCUUACUAAAGUCUUCUUGCAUUAUAUUUAAAUAUUCUCAACAACUAUUAAUUUUUAUGAAAAUAUACCAUUAGUUGUUAAACAACCAGUAGAUGUAGGAGGUAAUCCUACAAAUGUCACUUACAAAAGUUUUGAUUGCUUAUUUAAAGGAUCACCCAUAGAAAUAGUGUGGAUUAACAGAUUGCUAAUGUAGAUAGCUUAAUUAGCAUUUAUUUCUUUGAUAAUUUUCUUGUAUAAUAUUUAUCAAAACAGAAAGUAUAAAAAAAAAUUUUAUGGAGUAAUUUAUGCUGUUUUCUUGUACUUAUUUUAUUAUCCUGCUUUAACUAAGCUUUUUAUAUCACUUUGUUGGUGCUAGAAAAUAGGAUCUAAUUAUUAUUUAACCAAUGACUAUAGUUAAAAAUGCUUUACAAGAACACAUAUUUUAACUAUGAUAUUAAUAAUACUUCCUUUAACAGUAGCUUGGACUAUAGGAAUUCCUUAUAUUUUAUUUUUAAAAAUGAGAACAGCUCAAAAAUAAAAUAAAAAUGAAUCUAUAAAAUACACGCUAACUUAUUAUAUCCUACAGUAAGGCUACAGAAAAUAGUAUUACUAUUGGGAAUUAGUAAGAAUGUUUGAAAAGUUCUUGAUAAUGUUCCUUCUAAAUAGCUUUUUCUCUAAUUUAAUUUAAAGAUUAUUAAUUACACUUAUUUGCUUUACAUACCUCUAAUUAGUUAUUAGAAUUAAGCCUUUCUAAAUAUCUUCAUAAAUGAAAAUUGAAUUAAUUUUAUCACAGAUAAUUGUUGUGUCUCUUUUAUUUUAGUCAAUUCUUGAUACUUAAUUAUUAUCUUAAUAAUUAAGCUAUUUUAUUAUUAGCAUUUUAUCUUUGAUAAAUAUAUAUGGAAUAGUAAAAGUAAUAAAUUAAUAUCUUAUCCUAACAAAAACUCUAAUAGUCUAUUCAGAUGAUGAUUCUACAUUUAAAAAAAUUCUUUUGAAAAUUUAGUACUUUUAACGAUUAUUUAAAAAACCUAAUGUGACUAUAUUUAGGGUAAGUUAUCUUUGGAAAAAAGUAUAAUAUAAAAUUGUUAAAAAAAAUCAACAAACUGUUACCACAAAUUAACAAAGAAAAAAUAGCACAGAGAAAUAAGAGAACUUGCAAUAAUCUAAUGAAAAUCACAAUAGAUAUUUAAGUACUCCUUAAUCUGACAACAAAGAAACAAACUGUGAUCUCAUCAUAUUUUAGAAUUCAGAAUCCAGCAUCAUAAAUCUUUGA